AUGGUUCACAUGGAGACUCCCAAGGAGGCUCUCACUCACUUCGAGGAGAUGGAGAUCCACGAGAAGGCCGCCUUCGACGAGAUCAUCCGCCCCGCUGAUGCCUAUGCCCCUAAUGGCACUUACUGGGCUGACCUCCCUAUCGGCGAGCGUGUUAAGUUCUGUAUCACUCAGGAUGGUACCGAGGCGAAGAAAGAGUUUGCUUGGUUGUGGGAUAUGUUCAAGACCGAUCCUCUGUCUCCCAUCAGCUACUACUUCAAGAACGCCGUUCUUCCGGGAGCUGGUCUCGGUCUCGAGGGUUACGUCCUGUUUUCUAUCAGCAACGUCAGCUCCCUGUUCAGUGAAUCCUUCGCCUCCUGCUGGAAGACCUACGAGGUUUGCGACAAGAACUGGAUCGCCGCCAUCAACUACCUCGAGGUCGUCGGUAUCAUUGUCGGUCAGAUCCUCGUCGGUUUCUUGGGUGACUGGAUCGGUCGUCGCUGGGGUCUCAUUCAAGAUGCGACUAUCAUGUUCAUCGGUCUUCUCAUGCUGACUGCCGCCUGGGGUGUCACCCAGAACGGUUGGAUUAUCUGCUACGCCUGGUCUCUUUUCUUCUACUCCAUCGGUGUCGGCGGUGAAUAUCCUAUGACUGCCACUAUUGGAAUGGAGAAUGGAUAUGGUUCCGGUAAGGUGACCACCUCCCAGGAUCGUCUGCACCGUGGUCGCUCCGUCGUUGGAGCUUUCCUGAUGCAGGGCUGGGGCCAGUUUGCCAACCAGGUUCUCCUCAUCCUGCUGCUCCUGAUCUUCCACCACGGUAGCGGUAGCCCUCCCUACUCCGCCGUCGCUACUCAGUGGACCUACCGUGUCUCAUUUGCCAUCCCUGCUGUUGGUACUGCUUGGCUUGUUUACUACCGUGCCUAUCACAUGAAGGCGGCUAGCAAGCAGCUCGAGGCCCAGAAGAAGAAGGCCGCCGUUACCGGAUAUGAUAUGGAGUCUCUGCGCCUGACCUUUAAGCACUUCGGUCCCCGUGUGUUUGCUACCGCCAGUGGUUGGUUCGCUAACGACGUUUUCUUCUAUGGUAACAAGCUGUUCCAGAAGAAGUUUAUCGGUGUUAUUAGCCCUGGCAGUGAUGUUACCACCACCUGGACCUGGAACUUGGUCAACAUUGUUGUCUCCCUUGCUGGUUACUACUGUGCUGCCUGGUUUGUUGACACUAAGCUUUAUGGUCGUAAGUGGAUGCAGAUUGUCGGCUUCAUGCUGUGCUUUAUCCUCUUCGUCAUCCCGGCUUUCAAGUACGACUACUACGUCAAAGCCGAAAACAUCCAUUCUUUCCAGACCAUGUACUUCCUAUCUUCCUUCUUCAACCAAUUCGGCCCCAACUGCAUUACCUUCCUUGUCGCCGCCGAAGUCUUCCCCACCCCCAUCCGUGGAACAGCACACGGUAUCUCUGCCGCCGCAGGAAAACUCGGAGCUCUGAUCAUCGCCGUCGUCGGUUCCUACACCACAGUCCAACAACAAUUCCUUAUUGUCCCCUGGUUCGGUCUCGCCGGUGCCCUCAUCACCUACCUGUGGCUCCCCGAUACCACCGGCCUGGAUCUGCGUGAACAAGAACGCCGCUGGCAAUUCAUCCGUGAGGGCCGCGAACACGAGUACCACGGCCCCGCCAUCCACAGAAAGCAUCUCUCUGUCUGGGAGCGCUGGACAGGCAAGGGCAAGCUCUACGACGCCGAACUCGACUACAAGAUGAAGGUGUCGGAGUUCCGUGCCGAGUGGGAGGCCGCCAUGGCCAUUCGUGCCGAGGAGUCUGAGACUGAUCUUGGUAUCGAUGAUAUCGAUGACAACCUCCUCCAGGGCUCGAUGCAUAAGUACUUCGAGCGUACUAGCCCUGUCAUCCGUAGCAUGAACAAGGAUGCCCCAGAGCCCCUGUCCCUGCCUGCCGCUGCCAAUGAGAAACAGGAGCCUAUGUCUCACGAGUAG